CGCUUCGUCUCCCAAGCCCCAGCCAGCCAUCUAGGCUCCCCUCAGCUCCUCUCCUCCUCCUCCUCUUCCCCUUCCCCUUCCCAACCAGCCAACCCUCCCCUCCGUUUUGUUGUUAUCACAUGGGAGGAGGCGGGCUCGGCUGGUCCAGGCAGGCGCUGGGGGAAGGAGGCGGAGGAGGAGGAGGCGGCGGCGGCGGAAAGUUUGGCGAAGCGUCUGGAGUUGGCGGCGCAGCGGCGAAGCUUCGGCGGUGGGUUUAACGCGAGGUGGGGGGGCAUGAAGGAGAGCCCCCGACGGCCCUGAUAGCCGUGGAGGAACGGGAGGCUCCGCGCCGCUUUCUAGCCCGGUGCGCUGAAGGCGCGAAGAACUCCGGCCAUGGGCUCCGCCGCGCACCUCGUUUGGCGGCGGCGGCGGCGGCGGCUCCUGCUGCUGCUGCUGCUCCUUGCCUGUAGCUUCGUUCGCGUGGGACUGGCUGGAGGGUGUCCUGCGUCGUGCCGCUGCCUGGGGGAACUCUUGGACUGCAGUCGUCUCAAACUGCACCGAGUGCCCGAGCCUCUCCCGGACUGGAUAGUCCAGCUAGAUCUAAGUCACAAUAGAUUGUCUUCAAUCAAGCCUAAUUCUUUGAGCCAUCUUCAUCAUCUGCGAGAACUAAAACUGAACAGUAAUGAAUUGGAAGCAAUACCAGAUCUGGGGCCUAUUUCCGCAAACAUUACGUUCCUCUCCCUAUCAAGUAACAAGAUUUCAGACAUCUUGACUGAAGACCUGAAACCAUUUCAGUCUCUAGAAACUUUAGACCUGAACAACAACAAUAUUUCUCUGCUGAAGAUGGAAUCGUUUCCUCCCCUGGUGCUCAAGUACCUCCACAUCAACAACAAUCGAAUAACCAGCCUGGAACCAGGCACUUUUGACAAUUUAUCUGCAACACUUCAAGUACUGAAGUUGAACAGGAACCGAAUUUCAGCUAUCCCACAAAAGAUGUUUAAGCUUCCCCAUCUCCAACAUCUAGAGAUGAACCGCAACAAAAUUAGAAAAAUAGACGGCCUUACUUUCCAAGGACUUUCUUCCCUGAAAUCUUUAAGGAUGCAAAGAAAUGGAAUCACCAGGCUCAUGGAUGGAGCUUUCUGGGGUUUAAGCAGCAUGGAAAUUCUGCAGCUGGAUCAUAACAACCUAACAGAAGUUACCAAAGGCUGGCUUUAUGGUUUGCUGAUGUUGCAGCAGCUCCAUCUUAGCCAAAACGCUAUCAGCAGGAUCAGCCCUGAUGCCUGGGAGUUUUGCCAAAAACUCAGUGAGCUGGAUUUAACUUACAACAAUUUAGCACGGCUAGAAGAUUCAAGCUUUGUUGGCUUAAACUUACUGGUGAGACUGAACAUUGGGAACAACAAAGUGAGUUACAUUGCUGAUUGUGCCUUCCGGGGACUAUCCAGUUUACAAACUUUGGAUCUUAAAAACAAUGAAAUCUCAUGGACAAUUGAAGAUAUGAAUGGUGCAUUCUCUGGACUUGACAAGCUUCGAUGGCUGCUACUACAAGGAAACAGGAUUAGAUCAAUUACUAAGAAAGCAUUUUCUGGUCUGGACUCACUUGAACACCUAGAUUUAAGUAACAAUGCAAUCAUGUCAGUUCAAGGAAACACAUUUUCACAAAUGAAGAAACUUAAAGAAUUGUACCUGAACACAUCAAGCCUUCUGUGUGAUUGCCAGUUGAAAUGGCUUCCAGAAUGGCUGACAGACAACAACUUCCAGACAUUUGUGAAUGCCACUUGUGCCCACCCUCAGACACUCAAGGGAAGAAAUGUUUUUGCUGUCAGCUUGGAUGGUUUUGUGUGUGAUGAUUUUCCAAAGCCACAGAUUACUGUCCAACCUGAAACUCAGUCAGCAAUCAGAGGUUCCAAUUUAAGUUUUAUAUGUUCAGCGGCCAGCAGCAGUGAUUCCCCAAUGACUUUUGCAUGGAAGAAGGACAAUGAAUUGCUACAUGAUGCUGAGAUUGAGAAUUAUGCACACCUCAGGGCACAGGGUGGCGAAGUGAUGGAAUAUACCACCAUUCUUAGGCUCCGCAAUGUGGAUUUCAGUAGCGAAGGGAAAUAUCAGUGUGUUAUUUCGAAUCACUUUGGCUCAUCCUAUUCUGUAAAAGCUAAACUUACGGUGAACAUGCUUCCUUCAUUUACCAAGAUGCCCAUGGACCUUACCAUUCGUGCAGGCGCAAUGGCCCGACUGGAAUGUGCUGCAGUUGGCCACCCAGUGCCCCAGAUUGCUUGGCAGAAAGAUGGUGGCACUGACUUCCCAGCAGCACGCAAGCGACGUAUGCAUGUGAUGCCUGAAGAUGAUGUGUUUUUUAUUGUGGAUGUCAAAAUUGAGGAUACCGGUGUUUACAGCUGCACAGCACAAAAUACAGCUGGUAGCAUUUCUGCAAAUGCGACAUUGACAGUCUUAGAAACUCCCUCAUUUUUACGGCCCUUGCUGGACCGAACAGUGACAAAGGGCGAAACUGCAGUUUUGCAGUGUAUCGCAGGUGGUAGUCCUCCACCACGACUCAACUGGACCAAGGACGACAGCACUUUGGUAGUGACUGAGAGGCAUUUCUUUGCAGCAGGAAAUCAGUUGCUUAUCAUUGUGGACACAGACUUUGAAGAUGCUGGGAAGUACACAUGUGAAAUGUCUAACACUCUUGGAACAGAGAGGGGCAACAUUCGCCUCAGUGUAAUUCCCACUCCUACCUGUGACUCUCCUCAGAAUGCUGCUCCAUCUUUGGACGAUGAUGGAUGGGCCACUGUGGGUGUUGUGAUCAUAGCUGUGGUAUGCUGUGUGGUGGGUACUUCUCUCGUGUGGGUGGUCAUCAUAUACCACACAAGGAGAAGAAAUGAAGAUUGCAGCAUUACAAACACAGAUGAGACAAAUCUGCCUGCUGAUAUUCCAAGUUAUCUGUCAUCCCAAGGAACUCUGGCUGAAAGACAAGAUGGAUAUGGGUCAUCAGAGAAUGAAAGCCAACACCAUUUUGCAUCAUCUUCAUCUUCGUCCAUGGGCGGAUAUUUUUUACAACAAAGAGAUAGUAGUGGAAUGUGUCAUGUGGAUAAUUGCAGUGAAAAUGAUUUAGAAGCUGUAGCAGAUCCAUUUUUAUGCCAUUAUCUGGGAACAUCAGGAAGUAUAUAUUUGAAAGGGAAUAUGUGUGGCCCAGAUGUGUUUGAAGUCUACAGUGCAGGUUGUAACUCAGAGCAGAGAACUAUGUGCACGGAUGUUUAUGAUUCAAGCUACUUAAAGAAAAAGGAAAGUCAUUCCCAUCCUCACCUACCUGAAGAUCAUUUUGACCCAUAUAUCAGCUUUUCUGGAAUACAUACUCCAAGCAGUAAAUUGUUUCCUUCCAUUUACACUCAAAGUGAAGAAAGUGUCACAAGAAGCCCACCGCUAAACAUGGACAUAUGUGAUUUGAAGAGAAAUCAAGGGCCAUCUUCUGCUACUACAAGUAACACUUUCAUGGGCACAUUUGGAAAACCAAUAUGGAGACAUCAGCUUGAUUCCUUUCCGACCUCUAAGCCACCAUCAAUUUGGCAACUAAAAGCCUCCCCAAAUCAUCCUCAUGAAUCCUUAGACUUUGACUCAGAGUCGGAGGAUGAUAACAGAAAGGACAGGACGUUUUCGGACGGUGACAGUGGCCAUUAUAUGUACAGGCAGGCAGCUAAACAUUUUAGGACUCCUACUUUUCUGUCCUUUGAGUUGGAUACAUAGUUUUCCUACCAUUUCCGCAAAACUGUUUUAUGACCCAAAGAAAUAUACUACCUCAAAGCGGACAUUAUUUAAAGAGAGAAGGGGAAAAGGACAUUCCGUUCUUCGUCGUUCUCUUAGAGAUAUGAUUCUGAAAAAAAGAAAUACAUUUUAUAUGGAUGCAAAUUUAUUGCAAAACAUUAUAUACAGUUUCAUGCAGAUUAUACAUUCCUUAUAGAAUAUAUUUCUAAUAAUUUUAUAGCUUUGUUUUAACCAAAUAAUCCCCUUUCUUUUGUAAAUUAAUUGUGUGAAUAAGAACUAUGCAAUUGUUACUAAGGCUUCAUUUUAUUCAAAUAGGUGCUGAAGUAUUCCAAAUGAAUGCCAACACAUGUACUGUGUGUGUGUGUGUGUGUGUGUGUGUCUGUCUGUCUGUCUGUCUGUCUGUCUGUCUCUGUCUAUAUGUGUUUCAUGGAUAUUUGAAAGUUCAAAGAGGUAACAUGGAUGUAGUUGCAUAUAAUUCUUUUAUGAGUUGGACUGCUCUGUUCACUGGAACACUGAUUUAAAAAAACACACACAUGCAGCCAAGAUUUGUUUAAAGAAAUUAGAAAGGUGAUUUCCUUGCCCCCUUGCCCAGUUUGUCUACAUUCUGGUUGCCAGUGAGUUCUGAUAAUGAAUGUAUGCACAGAAGUACUUGUACGUUUCUCACUCUCUAUAGAUUCAAUCUGUAAAAAUGCUUUGUAAGUAACCCAAGUUCUGUGGUUGAGUCAUCCAUUCCGAACCACCAUGUCUCAUAGUUCAUAGCAAAAUCAGUAUCAGGACUUCUAGUCCCAGGUAUUAGCAAAUCUCAGUUAUUAAUAAUUUAGGCCUAGUCCAGAGGUCCUAAGUUUCAGGCACAGGUUUUCCUAAACAGAGGAGAAUCCUGUCCACCCAUUUCUUUCAUGGGAAAACAUUGGAAGUAUGACUUGGAUGAAUGUUUAUGUCAUGCUCCGUUUGAAGAACUAGAAUAUUGUCCUGCAGAUUUCCAUGUAUUGAUAAGGAUCUGCACUGAAGAAGCCUACAGACAAGCCACUUCAUAAACAGACUUCUUUAAAGCAGCAGCAGGGUGCUUCUGCUUUCUUGUAAAUCAUAUGAUGCGCUCUUCCUAGGUAAAAUGGGACUUUUCAUUCCUCAGGUUUGUACCUCCUCCUCAAGUCCUGAGUUAAACAAAGUGAUUGUGCUGCUGCAUCCUGCACCUAAACACCUCUCUUAAAAGACUAGGAGCUGGUUUUUGGUGUGGCCAUUAGUUUUGCGAUACAGCACGUGUGCUCUGUGUAGAAGGUCCCAAGUUCAAUGGUAGCAGGUGAUGGGAAGGACCUCAACCAGAGACCUUGGAAGCCUGCAGGCAGUCAAAAGAGGAUUAGGUAGAAAUCCUGUGCUAUCUUAUCUCGGAAUAUGUUCCACUGAAUUCAGUGGGACUUCCUUCUGGGUAGUCGACCUGAGUAGAACUGGAGAACCUUUUAUUAAAUUGACAAACAGAUUGAUCUGUCGCCUUCUUGAUUGGGUUGCCUGUUUCUCCACAUCUACCUGUUCGAAGUCUGAGCACAUUCUCGUGAUGAGAAACUUGGCACAUGCUGGGACAGUGAGGAAUACACUGUCUACUUCUACAGUGCCUGCUCCUGCUGAAAAGAGAGCGGCUGUACACUUUGUAGAAAUGGUUUCUGGCUGUCUUAACAUAGCAAUUGUUCUGUCUGCUUUUCAUCCUGCAAAUACAUGUCUGGAAACAGUCACAUGUAGCUGGGACAGUGUUUGCAUUUAAAAUGUCAGCUCAUUAAAGUGUCAAAAGAUGA